AUUUGGAUUUGUAUGUUUGCUAUCUGAUUGUGAUAAUUAAUUAAUUGUUUCCUUCAUUUAGUUUUAUCUUUUGAUUGUUUUACUAAGCUAUUUGGCUUAAAUACAGAUUGAUGGAAUUAAUUAGAAGGUUUUAAUGGAUUGCCAUUGAUUUGGAAUUGCGGUUGAUUGUUUUUUUUUCCGGUGAAAAAAGUGACAUAAUCAGCGAUUGUCAUUUACUUACCUGUCUUAUGUUUUUUUUCACAUUUCAUUUGAUUUAUAUGAUUUAGAUAAUGAGAUCGAUUGUUGGAAACCUUUUAAGUGUCUACCUGGUUGGUCUUCUGAUCCUUGACUUUUUUGGUUUUGUGUGUCUUGAAGGUGAACUGGAAGAGGAACAUGGAGUCAAAUAUGCAAGUCAAUGUGAAGCGUGUAAAUAUUUUGUUCUUGAAUUGGAGGAAAGGUUAAAAGAAACUGGUAAAUCUCAUGAUGUCAUUGAAGUUGGAUAUUCUCUUGACAGUAAACAAAAGAAGAGGAAAAAGUAUCAACAGUCAGAGUUAAGGUUAGUUGAAUCAUUGGAUGGAAUUUGUGAAAGACUUUUAGAAUAUAAUAUUCACAAGGAGAGAAAAGAUUCAACCAGAUUUGCCAAGGGAAUGUCGCAAACUUUUCAAACUCUCCAUGGAUUAGUUGAUAAAGGAGUUAAAGUUGACUUGGGAAUCCCAUUUGAACUUUGGGAUAAACCUUCAGCCGAAGUAACAAAUUUAAAGACACAAUGUGAACUACUAUUGGAACGACAUGAAGAUGAUGUUGAAAAUUGGUAUUGGAAUCAUCAGGAUGAAUCUUUACAGAAAUUUUUAUGUAUCGAUCGAGCUUUGCGAAAAGGUGAUUCCUCUUGUAUAUUUGAAGGGAAAGAAACUGAAUCACCUAAACAAGAAAGAUUAUCAGAUUCACCAAAACAGGAAUUGUGAUAUUUGUUAUCAAGAGUAACAAUCAAGACAAAUCCGAGUUACGAUUCAAGAUUCAAUCCUUUUUUCAUCAAUCAUAUAAUAUAACUUUUUGUUUUUAAUAACUUUUCAUGGACCAAUACAACAUGAAUUUUAUAAAUUGACAA